AUGAUAAUCGUGUUUAUGCACCAACUUGAAGACAGACAGACGGUAAUGAUGUUCGCCAAUGAGAACGCUGUUCCGAUAGAUCUGCGACUCAUCCCGCUACUCCUCUCUUCGAUACUCAUGGCCCUCCAGCUAAGCCAUGCAGCUCUAAUACUCUACCGACGCUGGUUGAGAAACAACCAAAAUGAUACUCUGCCCAGUGGUUCAGACGCGUCCCAAGGGGAUGAUGGCUCGCGUUCUCAAGUCAUAUUUCACGGGUGGAAGCGCGGAAUCCAAAAAAGAGGCGGUUCUGUCAUUUUUGGCUUUAUGGUAGCGCGACUGCUGUGCACACUGCUGCUGCUGUAUCUUUUCUCCCGCACCAAUAUUGAAGGCUACAACACCACCACCCUUCAUGGAACAUCAUCGCUUCAUCGCUCAAUAUGCACUCAGGAGGCUCUGACCCUGGCUAUUGCAUACGCUGCCUUGCUAUCAAUAUUGUCAUUCUGGCCUUCAUCUAUCUUUCCCUCUCCAGUCAGAUUCCACGUCUCCGUCCUCCUAUCACUUCUGGGCGUCUACGCGUAUCGAAACGUUUGGCCAUUAGCUCAGUAUGGCACGGAACCGGCCGACAACGCUGAAGGAGCCAUUCUCUGGGUCAAAAUCGCCUUGCUUUCUCUAUUGGCAAUCGUCAUACCGCUUUUUAUACCCCAUCCAUAUGUCCCACUGGACCACAAAAACCCAUCCCCCACCCCGAAUCCGGAGCAAACGGCUUCUUGGUUCUCAGCUCUGACAUAUACAUACAUGGAUCCAUUGAUCAAAUUGGCCAACAAGGUCCGGCACUUGAAACAUGACCAGCUACCUCCGUUGGCAGACUAUGACUGUGCACGGUACCUCUCAGGUCGUGCUUCAAGGUUUGUUGACCCUUUUCCCGGAGCGAGGCGUCGUCGUCAUAUAUUCUUUGGCCUAGUAGCAUUCUUCCGAUACGAACUCGUGAUCAUCUUUGUCGGAAGCGUCAUACAUGCUCUAGCGACGUUCGUCGCGCCAAUCGGGAUAAACAGGACAUUAAGAUAUCUCGAGAAUCGUGACAAUCACACCACAACCGCAUCCCAAAUCAAACCGUGGGUGUGGCCCCUUCUAAUGCUCAUCGGACCUGUAGGGGAGUCUGCCGUGAAGCAGUGGAACUCGUAUGUGCAGACAAAGGUGAGAGUGAGAGUGCAGGCGGUAAUGAUGCAGGCUUUUUUUGAGCGGGGGUUGUGUGUUAGGGUGAAGGCUGAUGCUGGUGCUGAGAUGGAGGCUGGGUCCGAGACGGGGAGGGAGGGGGAGAGGACAACGUCGCCUGUAGAUUCAGGGAGCGUGAGCGGGGGAGAACAUUUUGUAGGGAGGAUAAAUAACCUCGUCACGAGUGAUUUGCAGAGUAUUGCUGAAGGCUGUGAUUUUCCUUCUUUCCUUAUCGUCGUGACGCUGCAGAUCGCGCUUUCGAUUGUGUUUUUGUAUAAUAUUCUUGGAUGGGCGGCGUUUGCUGGACUUUUCACUACGUUAGCGCUUACGCCCGUCGUUGGAUUUAUUGGGAAGAAAAUUCAGGAUGUGCAGGUUACUAAGAUGAAACUCACAGAUGCGAGAGUACAGUCCAUCUCUGAAGCUGUUGGAAUUCUAAGGAUGAUCAAACUUUUCGGGUGGGAGCGACAGAUGACUGAACCACUUGAGAGGAAGCGGGAUGAAGAAUUGGGUUGGUUGUGGGCUAUGAAGAAACUUGCACUUGCGAACGACUGUGCGAGUAUUCUGGCGCCAACGUUGUCAAUGCUCAUGACGUACGGGACGUACACGAUUAUUAUGGGUCAGGAGUUAACAGCCUCGAAGAUAUUUUCUAGUAUGGCUGUUGAAUUAGUGGUGCGGGAGCAGGUAGCGAGAGUUGCGGGCCAGUAUACCCUUGUUAUUGAAGCGAAGGUGUCGCUUGAUCGUGCGAACUCGUUUUUGCAGGAAAGCGAAUUGCUAGAUCGAUAUUUGCACGAGGGUGAAAGUGACCUACAGUCAUCGACAAACUCGUCCGCAGAGGAUAUUUGUCGUGAAAAUGGAAACGAGGGCACUAUUGGAUUCAAAGACGCCGUAUUCACUUGGUCGGCUGAUUCAGAGGACCGCCUCUCGUCGUCAGAUCGUGACAGCCAGAGGUCGUACAAACUUCGCAUCGAUGGAGAACUGGUGUUCAAACGAAACUGUAUCAAUCUCAUCGUCGGUCCUACUGGAUCAGGGAAAACUUCGAUGCUCAUGGCGCUUCUUGGCGAGAUGCACUAUAUCCCAGGAAAUUCUGGAUCUUGGUAUAACUUACCGAGACAGGGCGGCGUUGCGUACGCUUCGCAAGAAACGUGGGUACAAAAUGCGACCAUUCGUGAGAAUAUCGUGUUUGGAUAUGCGUUUGACGAAAAGAGGUACAAAAAAGUGUUAAAUCAAUGCGCGCUGGAACGCGAUUUGGAGCUGUUCGAUGCGGGUGAUGAGACGGAGGUUGGUGAAAGGGGCUUGACACUCAGCGGUGGUCAAAAGGCACGAGUUACUCUUGCGAGAGCCAUUUAUUCUUCUGCGGAAAUUAUCCUUUUAGACGAUGUUCUGGCUGCUUUGGACGUGCAUACAGCGGUUUGGAUUGUGAAUAAGUGCUUCUGUGGGGAUUUGGUGAAAGGAAGGACUGUUCUUCUAGUAACCCAUAAUGUUGCGCUUGUGUCCCCUAUUGCUGAAAUGGUUGUUACGUUGGGAUCAGAUGGAAGUAUCUCAAGCCACAGCAGGGCGAUAAAUAAUUCCGAUACGGCACACCCCGAAACGGUGAAGGGGACACAGUACAUGACAUUGCCACCUCCAGAAAAGCCCACUGACGCACUCGUUCCUUCAUCCUCUACCAACCCCGCUGGGAAGCUCGUCAUGGCCGAGGAAAUCGUCGAGGGUCACAUAACAUGGCGUUCUAUGAAGCUGCUCCUGUCAGCGCUAGGUGGAAGACACCCUACACUGUUCGGAGUGCUGUGGAUUGGAGGCCUGGUGUUGUGCGAGGCUACCUUUAUGAUGCAGCCGUGGUUUUUAGGCGUCUGGGGUGCCCAGUAUGAAAAGUAUCCUGCAUCAGAAGUUAGGCUUUGGUUCUAUCUUUCGGUGUUCUCAUCUAUACUUGGAGCAGGGGUUCUAAUUUAUGCGGGAGUCAACUAUUACUUCAGCUCGCGUUCAAUCGAAGCGUCCAAAGUGAUACAUUACAAACUCGCUGAUGCUGUCUUCAGGAGUACAUUACGAUGGCUAGAUGAAACUCCAACCGCACGCAUCAUCACCAGGUUUACACAAGACAUCCAAACAGUCGACGAGCCCAUCCCUCACUCGCUCAUGUGGGUCGGCAGCCAAUUCAUUGGUAUGCUAGGAACAUUGGGAGGGAUCGUUCUGUUCAGUCCGGUGUUUGUGUUUCCGGGUGUUGCUGUUGCUGUGUUAGGGAUAUAUGUGGGAAAUCUGUAUAUGCGCGCUCAGUUGUCGAUUAAGAGAGAGAUGAGCAAUGCUCGUGCGCCUCUUCUUGCACAUUUUGGUGCAACGAUUCAGGGCCUGGUGUCGAUUCGGGCCUAUGGGAUGCAAAAGGCGUUUCGAGAGGUGUCCUUUGAUCGGAUCGAUCAUUAUUCUCGAACGGCGAGGACCUCCUGGACGAUUAAUAGGUGGAUUGGGUUCCGUAUUGAUGCACUUGGUGCCCUUUUCACCUCUGCACUUGCCUUAUACCUGGUUUACGGCUCAAACAUCAGUGCCUCGAAUACUGGAUUCUCCCUUACACUAGGCUUUGGCUUCACGCUGUAUAUAUUUUGGCUGAUCAGGGUUGUCAACGACCUUGAGGUGGAGUCGAAUAGCUUAGAGCGUAUCCAAGGAUAUAUCGAUAUCGAUCAAGAGCCGAAGCCAACAUCAUCUGGUCUUCCUCCUGCAUCUUGGCCUACAAGCGGAGACAUCCGCGUAGAGGGUCUAUCUGCUCAAUAUUCUCAGACGGGGCCUAGAGUGCUACACAAUUUAUCUUUCCAUAUUUCAUCGGGUCAGCGAAUUGGCGUUGUCGGUCGGACGGGCAGCGGAAAGAGCUCUCUCACUCUUGCUCUUUUGAGAUGUAUUUUGACAGAAGGCACGGUGUUCUUCGAUGGAAUUGCUACGGGUACCCUCAAUCUCGAUGUCUUAAGGUCCAACAUCACCAUUAUUCCUCAAACACCUGAACUUCUUAGUGGCACUCUUCGUCAGAAUUUAGAUCCAUUUGGUCAAAACGACGAUGCCACCUUGAACGAUGCGCUCCGUGCUGCUGGCCUAUUUUCGCUGCAAGAAGAAGCAGGUGAAGUGAGGCUCACGUUGGAUAGUAAGAUCGCAGGAGGCGGUAACAACCUCUCUGUUGGUCAAAGGCAGAUUAUUGCACUCGCCAGGGCCAUGGUUCGUGGUAGUAAAUUAUUGAUUCUGGAUGAAGCCACGUCUGCGAUUGAUUAUAAAACUGAUGCGGUGAUUCAGAGCACUCUUCGAAGCAAGCUCGGGGCGGAUGUCACCGUUAUAACUGUUGCUCAUCGAUUACAGACCAUUAUGGAUGCCGAUAAAAUUAUGGUGCUUGAAAGUGGCAAGAUUGUCGAAUUUGACACCCCGAGUGCUCUGCUACAAUACCCCCAAGGUAUUCUACGUGCUUUGGUGGAUGAAAGCAAGGACAAGAUUCUCCUAAACGAGCUCACAAGUCACAAGCUUUGA